AUGGGUUUCAUCACUCGUCUUCUAUUCUUUUCAUUACCAUUGCUAGUCCAAGGAAACAUAUGUAACGAACCAGUGCGUCUCAACAGUCGACAACAGAAAUCGUCGCUCUACUGUUCAUCAUGUUCAAUACACAUCGGGGGACAAACUUCGUCGCCGAUAAUACAAUUAGAAAUGUCGUCAUUAACACAAUUAACAGGAAUCAAUGUUCAAUAUCCGAAUAAUGACGAUGAGGAGGACAACGAAAAGAAUUCUAAGAAAGGUUCGUAUUUUUUGGAAUAUCGACGAACGCAGGACGGGCCUUGGCGUGCGUAUGGUCAACGUCGACAACGCAAGAUCUUUAUCGAACGACGUCGAUUAUUCUUCAAUGAUAAUGAUAAUUCGAAUCGAACACGUACAUUUCUUCCAUCGAUUAUUGCUCGACAAGUUCGACUUAUCUUUCUUACAGCGUCGAUCUCUACCUGUGCUCGUAUUCAACUAUUUGGUUGUCAAUCGCAAAGCGGGUUAAUUUCUACACGUUUUUCUCACAAAUCGAUUCUAAAUUCCGAUGUCAAGUACGACGGUCUAAUUACAAAUACCACCGUAAGAGGUGGCAUAGGUACCCUAAAUGAUGGCGAUACUUAUCAAUUUCUUCGUUGGUCACCAUCACCCGAGCCCAUACUACUUCUCUUUGCAUUCGAUUCUAUUCGCGAAUUUCAUUCGAUUAAUCUUGAUCUCAAAUGUUCCGUACUUUUCUCUUCAAGCUGUGCGGUAAAAAUCAAUGUUGGAAUACUGGAUAUUGUGUCAUCGAACAAUAUUUGGACCAAUCGAUUUCAAUCGCUUGAGAUCGAAAAUAGUCAACAGGUUGAUAAUACAACGAUCACACAUUUAAUCUUAGCCGUUGCGAAAACAAAAGGUCAAUUUGUAAUCAUUCAAGUCAAUACAAAGGAAGGUUUAGCACUUAGUGAAGUAACCUUUCAUAAUCAAAAUGAAAAUAACGAAGAAGAUAUUGUUCCGUCGUCGAUCUAUAUCGAAAAUAAUCUUCGCCGAUUAGAAUCAAUAGCAUUAACUUCCAUUCCAGAUGAUAUCAAACUCUAUGGGAAAUUAUUGCAUGUCUUGUUAUUAAUCAUUGUGGUCUGUACGGUAUUAGCCAUAUUUCUCUUUAUUUCGUGUAUAUUCACACGCAAACAAAAAGAUGAACCAGAAGCAAUAGUAGGAGAAACUGUUCGAAGCUUAGCAUCUGUAACAACAACGACUGACGACGAUAAUACUCAAAAUCAAUCUCAUGGCGAUGUUUAUUCUGAACUUGACAAUAAUGACAUAGUCAUAUCGAAUUGUUUGGAAUAUAUCAAUGCCGAAAAGAUUGUAAAUGAAAGUGCAAGAGCAACCAUCCGUGCAUUGCCAUCCUAUCGACAAUCAGCAGCAUCGCGUUAUUCGAUUUCGAAUAUUGUUUCUCUAACUGAGUGUUUCACAGAAAUCGAUUCAAGUGACAUCAUUAUCAUACAAAAUCUUGGUGUACAAAAUCAUCAUGAGUGUUUCUAUAGUGAAUACGGUCAAAGUAAAACACCUGUUAUUCUACUAGAAGAAGAAAAAAACGAGUUUUUCAAUUUGUCGAAAUCAAUCACUCACGCGAAUAUUGUCACUUGUUUUGGUUAUGUAAAUGUUUCACCUGAACGAUGUUUUCUUGUCAGUGAAUUUAGUCAAAUGAAUCUCUUCGAACAUUGUCAAACAUUAUUACCAGAGAAUAGUAGUACACUAACAACAUUAAUGGACUAUCUGAAUCAAAUCAUAUCAGCAUUAGUUCACAUUGAAUCGUUAAAAAUCAUUAUUCGUGAUUUAACAUUACCGAAUUGUCUAUUGUUUGAUAGUCAGACAAUAAAAUUAUCUGAUUAUGCUAAGAAAGAUGAUCGAUACAGUUCGCGAUAUGUCCAACAAAUUCCCAUUCGAUGGCUUCCGGGUGAUAUUAUUGCAGGAGAUGAAAAUUGGUCCAUUCAAACAACGAUUUUUAUGUUCGGUACACUUCUGUUCGAAUUAUUUCAUCUGGGUCUAUAUAUUCCAUAUCAUGAUCUGAACGACGAUGAAGUUCUUCAAUUUUUUCGCGAUGUUUGGUCGAAUUCGAAACAAAAUGGAAUCGAGCCGUCCGUGCUUUGUUUUGCCACGCACUUUCCGCGUCCGACUCUCUGCAAUGAUCGUCUCUAUGCAUUGAUUGAACGAUGUCUUUCCUGGUCUAGUUUAGAUCGACCGUCGUUCCGAGAGCUCAGCUUAUGUUUGGAUGAAACAGCAACUGUGUUAUCUCAAUGA